AUGAGGUGGAGGUGGAAACUUUAUCCAAAAUCUCAUUACUUGUUUCUACAGAUUACUGUCUUCUCUUUUUUUUUUUUGUUUGUAGAAUUGGUUUAUAAUCUGAGGGAAAGCCUGAAACCACAGAAGAAUUACAACUUUUACUGCCAGUCCUGUGGUGACAUCAUAGUAAAAGAACGGAAAUUUCUCAGAGUUCUUCCUCUACCAAGUGAAAACUGGAGUGCUUUAGUAGAAGAGUGGUGUUGUCACCCUAAUCCGUUUGCAAGAAGCACUUUGCACCCUCAGCAUGAUGACUGUUUUCUUGGAGAGACUUUUCUCCUGUUGAAUUCAAGAAAUGAAUCAUGUGUGCCUGAAUAUCUGAAGUGCAGCUCAGAGACUGAACGUCACACUUCUCAGAAUGACUCUACCUUGAAAUCAAAGGAAAAUACCAGAGUAAUUUGUGAGCGCUGCAAGACAACACUGGGAGAAACAGUAUCAUCAGAUACUGUUAAAUACUAUGUCACUGAGGUGAUUAUUUGGCCAUCUGAGGAAAGCUUCAGCACAAUACCAAGGUCUCAAUUCAUACAGAGCGUGGUUGCUCAGUGUCUUGUGGAAUUGUCCUCUGCUAAAAGCACAUUUAGAUUCACCAUAAAAGGUGACAAUGGAAGGAUCUAUAUUCUGAUAUGGCUUUUAAAUUCUGAGACAUUGCUGGUGGAGUCCUCGGGAAGUUCCUCCUCCCACAGUGUCUUUACACUGUUUGGUGAUAAUUUCAUGCCUAGCUGUGGACCGUCAGGGAUGUGGAAUGCUGUCAAAGUUCUCUACCAGCCGUGCGUUAAGAACAGGAAUAAAGACCUUGCUGAUGCCUGGGAAAAUGAUUUUGGAGUUCAUCCUUUAAAGUUUCCAUCAGAAACAUGUCUGGAAUUACUUCUGAUGCUGAGUUUGAGUACUGCUUCUCUACCUCCUUCACUUCAGCGCAUGAACUCUUUUCAGGUUGCCUUUCUGAAGUUGUGAAGAACACAGACACCUAUGUGGAAAACUCUUCACAAAUUCCCUUCCAUCAGACAUAUACAGAAACCUUCCAAUGGUGCAACACCUUAAAGAAAAUCUCCUGGCAAUACAAAGCAGAAUGAGCUAUAGCAUGCGUUAUUCUUUCUAUCUGGAAGAGAUUCAAAGCCAAAGACAGAGUUAGCUUUUACAUCCAGUAAAUUCUUCUGUUAUAAGAGUGACUGUUCACAUCUAGCUGGACUAAGUUAUAUCUAGUCAAUACUACCUUUAUCAGACAGUAAAAAGGCAGCAAAGAGGGGAUCUAAAAUAUUUAAUGUUAUGGAUUCUGAGGUGUGUUCUGUCCUUUCUUUGCUCUAAUAAAGUUAGAAGGCAACUUUAAAAUACAAAAUCUAGUUUUUGUUAAACUUGUAUGUUUAUCAUGUUUAUUAUUUCUGCAUUAAUGUUUACCUUCCUUCCUGUGAGUGAAGAAAGACCACGUUCAUGUUAGUAUACCAUAUCUAAUAUUUUGUGAAACUGAUAAUGUUUUGAAGAAUCAAGGUUUUAUGGUUGUUUGAAAUAAUUAUUCCUUCAGCUUCAAAAAAGGGUAUCCUCAUGAGGGCGGGCUUUGCAGAAACUGCCAGAAAUGAAAGACUAUUGUCCCAUCUCUGCUCUGCGUCCUUACCUGCCUUUCACAGGAGUGAUGGUGUUUUUUCAUUGGACACAGAAUCUGUUACCAUUUUUGUUUUUGGAGUGAGUUGGAUUUCUGUGGCUACUCAGAAUAUGACUGAGCAAUUGCGCAUUCCAACAUUAAAAUCUUUCCCAAUCUGUUGAAA